GUCGAGUUUAGAGUUUUUUCCUGGGCCGCAAAGAAUCAGACGGAAACCCCAGUCAGACGUUUCCUAUUUAAUAGCCCUUCGAAAAUCUGCUAUGAAAAGUACGGCUGCUUCAAUAAACAACCCAAUGUUCGGUGGGGCCUGAUUCCGAUUAAACCUAGUCUGCCACAAGAGCCAAGUGUUGUUGGCACAACAUUUGACAUGUACACCAGGAACGGGCGUGGAAGAGUAAAUGAUUAUGAUGCAGAUAAAUUGAAGGCCCCAAAAUUUGAUAUCGCGCGGCGAACAAUCUUCGUGAUUCACGGCUGGAGAGGAAAAUCAACCAAGGAGUGGGUCAUUGAAAUGAAAGAUGCCCUUUUACGACGAGAAGACUGCAAUGUGAUUUUGGUGGACUGGUCUGGAGGAGCAAAAACACUCUAUGGACAAUCUGUAGGCAAUACCCAGCUCGUUGGGGCUCAGGUAGCAGAGCUGAUAAGGUUCUUGAUUAAGAGCGCUUCAGGGUCACCUGACUCGGCUAAAAUGUUCUAUAUUGUGGGAUUUAGCCUUGGUGGACAAACCGCAGGGUAUGCCGGAAAGUAUUUAAAGGAGAAAGCUCGAAUGACACUUGGUCGUAUUACAGGACUGGACCCAGCUGGUCCUGCUUUUGACGGCAUUGCUGACCCUCGCUUCCGCCUGGACCCAAGUGAUGCUGAAUACGUUGACGUUAUACACACCGACAUGGUGUGA